CCUUUGUUCUGAAUCCCCUGCACAAGUCCACACACACACCAUCAUCCCGCACAAGUAUCGAAAUGGCACCGAAGGACAAGCAGGCAACAGUCGAGGAGUUUCGCGAGCUGCUCGCAUCGCAGGACCUCAUCCGCGAAGGAGACACCAUAGGCACCGAUGACGAAACUCUGCACCGCUUCCUCCGAGCGCGCAGCUACAACCUCAAGAACGCUGCGACAAUGUGGAAGAACUGCCUAGAGUGGCGGCGCACGGUAGAGGACCGUGGCAUCGACCAGCUCUACCGCGACAUCGACCCCUUUGACUACCCGGAGCGCGACCUCGUCUUCGAGAGCUGGCCGCUAUAUUUUCACAAGUUGGAUAAGGAGGGACACCCGAUCAACAUCCACCACUUUGGCCGCAUCGACCUCACGAAGCUCGGCGGCAAGAUGAGCCUGGAGCGCUUCUGGCAGACCGUGCUCGUCAACUGCGAGGCGCUCCCACGCGAGGUCCUCCCCGCCGCCACCGAGGCGGCCGGGAAGCCCAUUUUGGGCACAUGCGUGGUUAUCGACCUCUCGGGCUUCGGCAUCGGCCAGUUUUGGCACAUGAAGGACUUCGCACGGAGUUCCUUCCAGGUCUCGCAGGACUACUUCCCUGAAACCGUCGCCCGCCUCGCGAUCGUGAACGCGCCCCGCGGGUUCACCGCGAUCUGGAACGUCAUGAAGCCGUGGAUCGCGAAGGAGACCGCGGCGAAGGUGACGAUCAUGGGCUCCGACUACAAGUCGAAGCUGCUCGACUUCAUCGACGCGGACAGCCUGCCCACGUACCUCGGCGGCGCGUGCACGUGCGACGGCCAAGGCGGCUGCAAGAAGAGCAACGCGGGGCCGUGGAUGCACAACCGCAGGCGGCGCCGCGAGCUCUGGCUCGAGGGCAGGCGCGACACGUGUGCUAUCAAGCCUGGGGAGCUCGGGCAGGAGCAAGUGAGCGAGGACGCAGCGCUCCGGGAGGAGCACGAGCGCGCCCCGGCAGAAGAAACGGAAGCGGGGACCCACACGCCGCCGACACAGCGCAAGGAGCUCUCUGGGAGCACGUCGGAGACGUCGUCGGUCGAGACGUCGUCGCCUACGACGCCGUCGUUCAGCGUGCACGAGGACGGGGACAGCCAUCCCGACCCGCACAAGCUUGACGGGCCCCCGGGGCUGUCGCAGGAGAAAUCCGUCGACCACGUCUAUGAGCAGCAUCCCGAGACGCGACAGGUGCAGGGCGGCGCCUUGCACAAGGAGGCCCCUGUGCAGGUCGUUGCGCACUAGCAAGUCUCUUCUCCCCCCCUCCCCCUCUCCCCCUACCUCCACUCCUUCUCCUCCCGUAUCCUGCGAGACGCAGAGCCGAUUAUUUAUUGGCGCGAAGCUGCUUGCGUCGUGUGCAGAGUGGUGUGCAGUAUAUCCGUGUAGAACGGCCUCGAGUGUAGCUGAAGUCGUGUAUCAUAGUAUUUGUGGUAAUUGAUUGUGUAUUGU